ACACAUCGAUGUGUAGCGUGAACGCACGUUUGUGUCAGGCACGUAGCGUGAAUGUGUGUGCAUCUCUGAGUGUGCGGAGCAUUGCGUCAUGGGGGUGUGUUGCACUGGAGGCGGGUCUUCUACGCUGCCAGUCAGUGACGUGCGCUGUGCACGUGCGCCAGUCAUGGUUGGGGAGAGGUUGUGUGCCGGUUAUCUUGCUGACGGCAGGGAGAGCUGCGAGCGCUGCAGCCCUGCGAUGGUGUCUGUCUCUGUGUCUGUGUCUGUGUGUGUGUGUUCUACUGCAACACCAGUCUCAUAGUGAAUUAUGCAAAGAGGAGCGGCGUGGAUAGCAGCUAAAUGAAUAAUGCAUUGUAGCGGUUUACUAGCGCUACUGUUAGCUGAGCUGGGAGGAAGGAACCUGUAGCUACAGUACCUGUGUCUGUCUCUGUCUCCGACUGACCGCAACACGGACAACAUGUCCCAUUACCAUUUUAUCAAAUGCUGCUGUUUUCAGCUAUGUAACGUGUUCCGUCAGAAUAUGGAGAUAGACCAGUGCCUGCUGGAGUCGCUCCCGUUUGGCCAGCGCCAGCGGCUGGUGAGGAGGAUGCGCUGUGACCAAAUAAGGGCCUACUAUGAACGGGAAAAGACCCUGCAGAAACCAGGAGGCGGAGUCAAGGUCAAAACCCCGCCCACCAGCCACAGGAAGAGGCGCCGUGUUCGAUUUGGCUUUGGUGACAUCUUGCAAGACGCCAUCAUACGCCAUGAUGACAAAGAAGUGCUGCAUCUACUGAAGGAAGGGGCCUCCCUCAACACUCCUGUCUCAUCUGGUGGAUCUCUCCUACACCUGUGUGCUCGUCAUGACAACCUGUUUGCUGCAGAAGUUCUGAUUGAACGCGGGUUAAACGUCAACCUGCAGGAUGAAGACCUUUGGACAGCCCUGCACGUAGCCUGUGUGUGUGACCAUGAGAACAUGCUCAUGCUCCUGUUGCUGGCUGGGGUGAACGUUCUACUGCAGGAUGUGAACGGGAACAUUGCACUUGACUACGCCGCCGAGGGAACGGAGACCAGAUACAUCCUCCAAAAACACCUUGAGGAAAACGGUGUGGACAUGUCGUCCAUGAACUCCAUGCGGACCCAGAGGCCCAACGCCAUGUUGUGUGAUGUCAGACAGCUGGUCAGCAGCGGGGGCAGUCUGAACCAACGCAACCACGACGGGGUCACUCUGCUCCACAUAGCAUGUGCUAGUGGUUACAGGGAGGUGGUGUCUCUGCUACUAGAGAACGGGGCGGAUCCUCAGCUGUCUGACAACAGUGAUUGGACGCCUCUCCACCUGGCUGCCAAAUAUGGACAGACAAGUAUUGUAAGGCAGCUGCUGAAGCACAGAGCAGACCCAACUCUUCUGAACUGCAACCAAGACAAGCCCUCAGGCAUCGCAGCGUCCGACCCUGUCAUGGACAUGCUGCUGAGAGCGGAGGAAUCCUGGGUAGAAAGACUGAAGGACCCCUCUGUACCCCUGCCCCCCACAGACCAACGCUACGACGGAGGCGCCCAUGACCAGCCAAUCCCUGUCAAGAACCUGACCCCCCUGUCUAUGCCCCUGUCGAAGAGGGACAGCCUGCUGGAGAAAUGCACCAUGUUCAGGGAAGUGGCUGGGGGGCUGAGCAGACAGUCCUCGCUGGACAACGUCCUGGACGGACCCAGCAAACUGGAGCAGGUGAAGCUGAUGCCUCCGGCGCCCAACGAUGACCUGGCUUCUCUCAGUGAGCUGACAGACAGCAGUCUUCUCUACGAGAUGCAGAAGCGCUUUGGCAACGACCAGAUCUAUACCUACAUUGGACAUAUUCUCCUCCUGGUCAACCCCAACAAAGAGCUCCCCAUCUACUCUACUCUGGUGAGUCAGCUGUAUCUGAGUUCUACAGGCCGUCUUUGCUCCUCUUUGCCACCUCACAUCUUCUCGUCAGCAGAAAGAGCCUAUCACAUGAUGCUGCAGGAGCGACGCCCACAAUGCUUCAUCCUCAGUGGGGAGAGUGGUUCUGGGAAGACAGAAGCCUGUAAACACAUAGUGAGGCAUCUAGCAGUGAGGUCUGGCCCAAAGGACUUCUCUCUGGAGCCUAGGAUGAAACAGGUGAACUGUAUCCUGGACGCGUUUGGCCAUGCUAAGACUCCCAUGAACGACAACUCCAGUCGCUUCAUCAAACUCCUCAGCUUGCAGUACUGUGACAAGAGGAGAACACUACUCAGAGCCCGGAUAUACACCUACAUGUUGGAGACGUCUCGUGUGGUCUACCUGCCUCGUCAACAACACAGCUUCAACAUCUUCUACCUGAUGGCUGAGGGCCUGUCACCUGAAGAGAAGACUUCCCUGUCCCUCAACAAUGUCUUAGCUCACAGGUACUUGAAUGCAGGUGUUUCAGAAGGACAGCCCCCUCCGAUGGCCACAGCUUCAACUCAGAGCAGAGACGGUCUCACUGCAAUUAAACAGGCUCUCAGAGCACUGGGCUUCAACAAACUGGAGAUGGACAGUGUGUUUACGCUGCUGUCAGUGGUACUUCACGUCGGGGACCUGCGCUUCACGGCCCUGACAGACGCCGAGACCGCCUUCCCCACCGACCUACAGCUGCUGGAGAGAGUGUCUGGAAUGCUCCAGGUGUGUUCAGAUGACCUGAGCGCCGCCCUCACGUCUGAUGUGCAGUGCUUCAAAGGUGAUGUCAUCACACGGCGCCAUACGGUGGAGAUGUCGGAGCACCACAGAGAUCAGCUUGCUAAGGCCCUUUAUGGGCGGCUCUUCAGCUACCUGGUUAACCAUAGUAACUACUACCUGCAGGGACAGGAGGACAGCACAGGAGAUCCUGCUCUCGAGAUUGGAAUCCUGGACAUCUUUGGAUUUGAGGAAGUCCAGAAGAAUGGGUUUGAGCAGCUGUGUGUGAACAUGACCAACGAGCGUGUGAGACAGUACGUCUCAGAGGUGCUAUUCCAGAAGGAGCAGGCUGAGUGUCUACAGGAGGCUGUCGCCAUGGAGACACUCUGGUCGCCCGGCAACCAGACAGCUGUUCUAGACUUCUUCUUCCAGAAGCCUCUAGGUUUGCUGUCUGUGGUGGAUGAGGAGAGUCAGUCACUGAGGCGUACAGAACAGACUCUCUACAAGAGACUGCAGACACACCUCGACAACACACCCACUCAUGGCAUAUCCCUGACAACCAAGGACGGAAAUGGCAACCCCCCACCCAAAGAUCAGGGUCCCGCCUUCACUGUGAAGCAUUAUGCAGGACAGAUGGCCUAUGACCUAACUGGAUGCCUGGUAAAGAAUAAAGACUCCCUUCCCCAGAACCUGCUGCUUGUUCUGAAAUCCAGUGACAGCGUGCUGGUACAGAAGUUGUUCCAAUCCAAGCUGACCCACACCGGGUCCUUGGCGCCGGUCCAGUCCAAGCUGGUUCUUAGAGGUCCUAAAGCAGCCCUGCUCCUUCGCCGGAUGUCUUCACCCUGCACGCUCCUCCCCACAGGUCACCAGCCCCGGGGUUGCCUGGACCUGACUAAGCUCUUGAAGAAAAAAGGCUUGAUGUCGUUCCUGCAGAGGUUGGAGCGGUGUGGUCCGGUGACGGUUGCAGCACAGCUGAGGAAUUCUCUGUCGGAGGUGCUCGGGAGACUGCAGGCGUGCACUCCUCACUUUGUGGAGUGCGUGCGACCCAACGGUAGCGGCAUGGCAGACAGCUUUGACAGUUUCCACGUGUCUUCCCAGCUGAAGCAUGUCGGGGUGCUGGAGAUGGUCCGUAUGAUCCGCUAUGGCUACCCUGUGCGCCUGCCCUUCAACGGCUUCCUCGCCAGGUACAGAGACCUGGUGGACACCACCGUGGCUGACAAGACGAAGCUGUCCUCCGAGGAGAAGUGUCGCUUUGUUCUGCGGCGGUGCAAGCUUCAAGGAUGGCAGAUGGGCAGCAGUAAGGUGUUUCUGAGGUACUGGCAGGCAGACCAGCUGAAUGACCGUUGCCACCAGCUGCAAAGGAAGAUCAUCACCUGCCAGAAAGUGCUUCGUGGUUGGCUGGCAAGACGGCGUGUGAGUCGUAGACUGAUCUCCCAGCAGACAAACGACUGCAGUGUCCAGAGGUUCCUCCAGGGGGCGGAAGACCAGGGGCUACACACCUAUGACAACCUGGUCAUCCAGAAUGCCUCGGACAUCGCCCGAGAGAGUGACCGGCAGCGAUGCCAUGGGAACGGGCCACAUGGCACCAGUCCGCCCCUUGGGGAACGACCUGAACCUGUCGGGAAAGAGGAAGACACGCCGAAGAGAGUCGUGGAGAAGAGCGGGAGGAACCAAGACGGUUCGGGCAGCGGGGGGGGGCGUACUGUCCGCCACUUCCGCUCCAGCUCCGUGCCCAUCCCCCUGCUAAUGGAAAACCUGAUACAUUCCAGCCCUUCUCCAUCCAUCAAGCUGGCCCUGCAGCAGGCGGGCUCUGCCACUGACGACGGAGGACAGGCGUCACCACGGAAACAGCCUCCCCCCAAACCCAAGAGGGACCCCAACACCCGUCUGAGCGCGUCAUACGAGGCGGUCAGUGCUGGUCUGACGAUGGGGCCGUCGAGAGAAAGUCCCACCCCUGACGGCUGUGGGUCCCCUGCCGGGAGCCCCCCCAAAACACAGCUGUCCCCUACUGAUGCGUUGUCCAAGCCGCGCCCCCACAGCGACGACUACACCGCCAUGAGAAAGGUGCCUCCGCCCAAGCCCAAGAGGAGCCCCAACACCAAGCUCACUGGCUCCUACGAGGAGAUCAACGCCGCCGGCGCGAAUCUCCUCCAGCUCCGGCCGGCUGACGUCAAACUGGCCCUGCUGUCCCGGGCGGGGGGGCUGGGCGGUCUGAUGCAGCGGGCCGUGUCCGUGGACGGCCCGCAUGGGGCCACGCUGAGCCUGUGCCACGGCCAGGAGGAGGAGGAUGUGUAUAUAGAGAUGGUGGGCGCUCAGUGCCGGAGCCACAGUCUGGGACGGGUCUUCCAGGACUCUCCCGACAGCCCCGAGCAGGGAGACGCGGAGGCCGUCUACGAGGAGAUGAAGUACUUCCUGCCGGAGGAGGCAGGGCUUCCUGGGAAGAGGGCGGGGCUGGGGGGUGGACCUCCCACUAUGGAGGCCCAAACGUCUGCCGCCGGAGGAUCCACCAAGCCUCCACCUGGUACUGAAGGAGGGUGCGACAUUCCUGCCCCCUUCCCCAACCUCCUCCCCCACCGCCCACCGCUCCUGGUGUUCCCCCCAUCCCCGGUCACCUGUUCUCCUGCGUCCGACGAAUCUCCCCUCACCCCGCUGGAGGUGAAGAAGCUGCCAGUUUUUGAGAGCAACCUGAACUACGCCGGUCCAGACAGCCCCAUCUCCCCACAGUACUCACGCCAGCGGGCCGACUCCUCCCCUUCCCUCUCCAUACUCCUCCCUGACAAGUCCACUCCUCCCCUAACCCCUCCGCCUCCCCCUCCUCCCCCAAACGCCCCGCCUCCCCCCUACCGCCCCCCCUCCCACUUUCCGUUCCCCCCCGAGUCCAGCAUCCUCUCCCUAACCCGGGCUGCUUCUGUCACAGGGGGGAGUGGUUCGGACUCUCCCAAACCUCCCUACUCGUCGUCGUCCUCCUCUGCUCAUAGGGUUGGAGGGGAGAAGCCCCCUCCCUACUCUCCGGCCAAGUCCACCCGUCCAGAACCCCGCCGUGCCCACUCCUGCUCCUCCUCGCCCCUGCUGUUCAACCCAGCCAACGGGAGGCCCCUGACCAGCCCCCAGCCUGCCCUGGACGAGCUCAGCACGCUGUUCAGCUCUGGGCGCAGCCUUCUGAAGAAGACCACCACUGGACGCAAAAUGAGAGAAGGAGGGUUCAACUCCAACGUCAAUCUUCCAGGUAGAGAGGAGCAGCCAGGCUCCGCCCCGACCUCCCCAUCUCCACAGCUACAAGACAAGAAUGCCAACAACCACGCCCCCCACUCAUCAAGUUCCGCCCCCGUAGAGAAUGGCAACCGCCUGUCCAAUGGGUCAAUUGAAGAUGAGGGUCACACCAAGAUGAACGCCUCCAGCUCAUCGUCUCUGCACAGACAUAUGGACAGCCAUCACACCCAGGUGAUUCAGCGCCUGCGUCGGUGUGGGGCUGACGAGGCCGCUGCCCUGGGAGAGUUGCUCCGCUGGCGCCGGGCCCUGUGUGAUGGUCGGCCUGACUGGAGGCGCCGACGAGACUCCAGCAGAACAAGCCCCACCCACCACACUGGUCUGGGCCAAUAGGAAAUCCUCUCCAUUGUCACCCCUUUCUUCACACCUUCUCUAAUGUCUGUGGUCUGCCCCGCUCCUCUGCCGAGGUGUGCACCCCAAUUGGGCUGAGGAAGAAAGUCUGUCAGAGGGGAGGCCUUUUAUUGGCCUGCACAGCCCAACUCACAUGAGCAUUUACGGAGGAUGGGUUGUAAAAGAGUACAGAGCAGCAAUCAUGAUCCUUGUUGUUUUAUCUCUCUUUCUAUCUCUCUCUUUUUCUCUAGUUAUCUAUCUUUUUCUGUUUGUCUAACUGACUAAGAUCCCCCCCUCUCCUUCACAUCCGAUAGUGGACUUCAUGAACACCACCAAAAGGGACCAAAAAUCCUGGAGGCUCAGGGACUCUCCUCUAGCUGAGAACCCAGAGAGGGAGCCUAAUCAGUGGGUUAAAUGUAACAACACACUUCCCUUCAACUGAACCCAUCCUCCUGUUAACCCCCCCCCCCCC